AGCAUCGCGUUCGUAUCGUUGUCUCGUGUCCGUUUCGUGGGUCAAGACCAACGACCAAGCGGGAAAAUGUGACCGUUCGAAACUUGAAGAUUCUCGUUCGAAAGUGCCACAGAGUUCUCUGCACAGCGAUCCGAGUGUUGUGACUCGCGAUGGUGUGACAGUUUGGUGUUUCCGGAUAAUUUCCAUCGUCGUGGAUCGGCAACGAUUUGCCGGUGUGUGAGAUCCCCUGGAUCAAAGAUCCUCGAUUGGAAUAACUCGAUAGAGCGAGAAUAACUCGGAGGCUUGGCCCAAGGUAUGCCUUGGCGCACGUUGACUCGGGGUCGACAGUCCUUGAGCCCCGAGUUUUUCGGCCGUCUAUCUUGAUCGCGGUGAACGACGUCAGGGUGAAGAAAGACGCGUGCCCGGCAUACACGUUGGCGUCGCGACGUAACUUAGACACAGUUUCUAAAUCGAAAGCGGCCGAGCAGUCGAUCGUCGACGAACGAUGAAUCGAGUCGAUCGCUGAAGGUGUAACAUUCGCUGCAAAGUGUCAGAACCACUUGACUCGACUCCGGCCACGGCGGAUAGCCAAAGCGGGGCAGUAAGUAGCGCGUAAACGAGGCGCUUAAACUUGCUGCUUGCCGCAAGCAGUUGAACUUGCUUCUCGGCGAGAAAUGGCGUUGACACCGGGGCGAUGCCGGGCGGGAGGAGGCGAGAACCUUUCGAAGGACGUGACGAAAGACGAGGACGAGGUGGCGAACGCCGGCAAUUUGGAGCCCCUGAGCGACUCCUGCGGCGAGAGCGACAUGGAGGGUCUCGAUCUCUCUCUGUUCGAACCGCAGGUCGACACCACUUCCUGGUGCGACUCCCGGAUACACGCUGGCACCCUUCACAUCCUCGUCCAUUACUGCGAGGCCGAAUGCUGCGUCGGCGAAGCCGCUGGCGAAGCCUGCUGGGAACCUUGUUACUGCGUCCUCCUCCAGGAUGAACAGACCCUCACGGCUUACAGGAGCGAGGAUAUGGCCCUGUUUGCCGGGACCGCCUGCAUGUUCAAGUCUCACAACAAGUUGGGGGACGCGAUGUUCGUCGAGCUGCCACGUGUUCGAUUGGACGGCGGCGCACGUGCUUUCCGACAGCAUUGGGGUUACGAGUCACGACCCCUGGCACCGCCACCGCCAUUGAUCGAAGAAGACGAAGCGGCGAUCGAGCCGGAGACAGUCAGCCUGCGGGAAGCCAACACCGCGUCGCCGAUAGCGCCGUUGCUAAGAAGGGUUUCCACCCUUCCAAGAAGAGGGUUGCAUCAGAGACAUACUUUGGAUCCCGAAUUGUCCUCGUUAAGCGAACACGAUACCAAUCGUCUUGUCGUGGAGUGUGAGUUAAAGUCCUUGUCCUUGCCACGGGGGUUCCCGCCGGAAUUGACAGUGAAGGAGGAUGACAAAGGUAAAAAGUAACGAAUGCUGCUGAUUUGCAGAUUUGCAAGCAAGCCUUAACUAUACCUUAGCUAUAAAUAUUUUACGUGCGUUCCGCGAGAACGCGUCGGCGCGUUUCCUCGAUAAUCGCCACUAGACUCAAAGGUUUCGAUACCUCGAAGCUUGACGCGUACUCGGAUACCAUAACCGUGUUUAUAAACGCGUUAACCUUGACAACUAAUCUGCAAAAUAUGGCAAUUUCCCGGGGAGGGGUUAAUUUACAAAUCGAUCGGCAUUUCUUUCGCUGCACUAUCAACACAUGCCUUUCCUUUUUUCUUUUUUUUUUCGUAAAUCCUUUAAAAAUCAAAAGUUCGUUUGCAAUUAUGACUAUAGACGAGACUCUCGCGGACACAAUAUAUUAUUGGCAAUAAACGAUGAUUGAAACUUGUUUUUACGAUCGAACGGGCGCAACUCAUUCGUGUCUUACUUGAUUUUAUUCGUGCUCGUGAGACAUUUGAAAGUAUCUCGAGCAAUUUCACGGCCAACGCGUGGUUGUUAUUAGUGGCUGUCUUGUUGGAGGAUUCGUUCGAAGUUAAUAACCAUAAAAUUUGUUUAUUUCAUGCUACAUGGGAAUUUAUUCUUCACGGAAAAAUUUGCAUACGUUUUACACCGUACAGCUUUUAUCUGUUUCAUCUGCGAAAUUGUCGGCGCGGCGAUUAAUUAUAAUUAUCAGGAGAAAUAUCAAUUACAAUUAAUUAUCAUGUAUUUCAGCGUAAUUGCUUAAUGACACUGCAAAUGAAUCGCUCAAUAUUGAUCUGAUACGUGCGUCGUGCAGAUUGAACGGCAAAUUAGCAAAACAAAUUAUUAAAACUUCACGCCGUGACCAUUUCACAGGUCAGGAAAGGUCAAUCCACAGCGUAUGACAAUGUACGUACAUGUCCUGCAAAGAUUUUCAAUUUAUUCGCUGGUCAGAUUCCCAAUGAAUUUUCAAUGAUCACGUGAAAGUAACAAUAAAUACGUGCAACUAGCUAGCAGUUCGUCGAGCAACGUGUUGAAGAAUGAAACUUGAGUUUUUUUGUGUAUCGUAAAUGGCAAUUUGUUAAAUCUCGCGAGCGAACCAAUGACGAGUUCAGAUCCAUACGAUUUUGUUUAACGACCAAUGAUUACGACUCUUGACGUGCCGAUCGCCGAGUUUACGAAAUAAUGGAGGCCCUUUUCGUUUCUGAAACGCGAGACGAUCUCAACUACGCGUAAUACCUGUCUCGUAUAUUGUUACAAACGAAUGAAACUGGUUCUAGAAUUUGCGCGAGGGAAUUUUCGUUCCCUUCUCGGGUUGGGGAUCUGUUGAGACAGAGGAAGGGAACUCAUAUUUUAUUUCGACGAUUUGUCUCCAACUCUUAGACCUCUUCGUGCGGCUCGUGUUGUAAUAAGAUUAGAAUAUUUGUUUAACUUUCACCAUGAAUAAUCAUACCUUUUUUAUUAUAUUGUUACCCGUAAGUAA